AUGGAUGUGACUGUCAAAACGGUGGAAAAUACUGACAAAGAAGGAACUUCACUGGAUGAGCAAUUUCAGUUCUGUGAACGCGUGAUAGACGACAAUGAAAGUGGUACGUUCAGUACCAAAGAAAUGCAGGGUCGGCUCAAAGAAUGUAAAGAGAAGUUGGAAAACUUAACACGAGAAGUAUGCGCGCGGGAUUUGUUCAGUAAGAAUGAGACAGUGGAAGACAUACCGACAGCCUCGUUACAGUAUCUGCUGCUGCCAUCUUAUUUGGCAACAGCUAUUCAGAAUAUUAUCGUUGAACCAGAACAGCGGGUCGAGGCACUUGAUCAGGCUAAGAUUUAUUUACGUGAUUUUUUGGAGCGUCUGCUCUCCUACGAAAUUAUCGGCUUCGUUUUACCUUGGUUGAAAGAAGAUGAGGAUGCCGAAGAGGUUCAAACAAAAAUGCGAUCAAAACCCGAUCCUGCUGAAGUGCGUACCAAGAAAUUGCAACGCCAUCAGCAAAAGAAAGAAAUGGAGUCGAAUUUAGAAAAACUUAAAGCGGAACGCUCACUGAACUCGGAUGACGAUUCUGUUUUGCGUGAACUGUUGAUGACACGUCUGCGGUUGUUUGCUCUCAAGGCAUUCAGUGAAUUGGAACAGAUUGAUGAGGAACGUCCUCUGGCCGAGCAUAUGAUGCGAAUUAGAAGUGGAGAAAUAAGUCAUUCCAAGGAAGCUAAAAAACCGGUUCCAUCGAAACCACCAAUAAUCAUAACGCGUGAUGCAUUACAAAAGAAAGUAUUCGGUUUGGGUUAUCCGAGUAUACCAACGUUAACGGUAGAUGAAUGGUAUAACGAUAUGAUGAAACAUGGAAGGUUUGGCGAUAUGCAAAAGGGACCAUCAAAUCAACAAAAUGCAUUAGAAAACGAUGAUGAAGAUGAUGAAAAAACUGAAGAUGAAAGAAGGGCGAGAGCGCAGCAGUGGGACGAAUAUAAAGAUAACGAUGAUUUGCCGGUUGGACCGAAGUGCAUUCGACUGGAGAACGACGACAGAUCAGACGUUGAGAAUACAAAGAAGAGAAAAUGGGACAUUUGGUCAGAUGUAAUCCAAGAACGAUCGAUUACCGAAGGUGUCUCGACGGGUCUUUCAAUAGAGAGUGAGUCAGCAAAGAUUAAUCGUGGUGCCGAAAGUUACGAGAAACCCGCUCAUCAGAUCAACAAUGCACAUUUUGAUGCAGAUACACGGAGCGGUUUAGAGGAAAGACCUUUGCUUAAUUACGGUGAUGAUCUAUUCAGUGAUGCAUGCAUGGACGGAACUGAUAAGCCAAAUACAUCAAAGAACAUGGAUAAGCGGUGUCAAAGACAGGCUCACAAGGGAAACAAAAUGCGAAAAUCAGCUUUUGGACGUGGUGCGGAAAGAGGACGUAAACGUGGAUGGAAUGAAUCAAAUGGAUCGAAUCCGAAUCUCGUGAGUUGUAAUUAUUCAUUGGAUGCACUCAAAGCAGCGCAUAUACCAAACGGAUUGAAUAUUGAUGAAUUGGGUGAACGAAUCUCAAAAGCGUUAGGUGAACGUGAUGGACAAACAAUUGGAGCUGCGGUGAAGGCGAUCGGUGAGACACUUGCGUUGAAAUUAUUCGAGGAAACGCGUAAAGUAGAAUUAUCUGGAGGGAUGUUGGUGCUUGAUGGUAGUAGACGGCGGACACCGGGCGGAGUAUUUAUGGUUCUGUUCAAGGCGAAUCCCGAUAUUCCUCAAGAAGCUAAGGUGUUUACGUUCCAGGAUAAGCUGAACGAACUCCAGAAAGAUUCGAAGUUCAAAAAGAAACCAAAACGACGUCUGCACUCAUCAAAAAAUGAUUACGAAUUAAAAGUGUUGCCAAAUGCGGCGGACGCGAUUGCAGUGGCAUGUGAAUCGAGUAAAGAAACGAAAGCGAUCGAUGCGUUGAUGGAUGAUGAUCGCAGCAGUCAGCUUUUUCGGAAGAUGGCAUCCGUGAAAAAAGACAACAAAACCGAUAUGUAUUCGCAAUCUGAUUCGGACAACAGUGAUGGAAAUUCAUUGGAGGAUUCGAAACAACAUGCUGACGCAAUCGAUGAAAGCUCAUUAGAGAACGAAAUUCAAAAACUAUUGUCAAGACGCGAGAGCAAGAACAAUGACGCUCGAAUACGUUAUUUGCAAUGGCAACGCGAGCAGAAGGAAGCUGAAGAAGAGGCAAAACAGUUCGAGGCGUACUGGAAACGUAGACAUCAGGAGGACCAAGAUUUAUGGCGGGAUAAGGAUUUUGCGAACGCGAUCGACAAAAUGAGUCGUGCUGGAUAUAAGGGUGAAUACGGUAAUUUUGAUGUACCAGAAGAGAACAUUCAGCAACUGAACGCACUUUACAUGCAAGCAACGAGUGGAAAUUAUGACGGUAAUCAUCGGCUGAAGUGCGCCGAUCAGUGGAAAAUGCUGAACGGUUGGUGUUGGUCACUGAACGAAUUGUUAUCUUUUUCUAGUGUUGAUCACAUUCGAAUUGAACAAGAGAAUUGCGUUUUUUGUUGUUUUUCGAAAACGAAUACGACUUCAUCAAUUGUAUUCGUUCUCGAGAAGAGUGGCUAA